UGACGUAAUGCUCCCAGGUAGCCAGUUUUCAGCAAGGUAGAUAGCKUUCAGCACUGCACUGCGAGGAUUUUAUCGAUAAGGGAGCCUAGCUAUAAUGUAAUGAAAACUAAAUUAUAUCGUGUGAAUAAAUCGAUUAAUAAUAAAGCUAAUUAAUGUUUUUAUAACCGAGGGUGUUUAGCCAAUUACGUUACUAUUAGCUGGCUAAUCAUUCGCUUUACCAGAGUGUUGCUACCUAGCCGCAGACUUUGUACUGUUACCUAAYCUACCUGCUAAGUGAACAAAGUAGUGAAGGCUGAUACUGUCUCAGGCAGUGACAUGGCCAACCCUCUGAGGAGAGAGGUUAGACAGCUGUACAAGAAUCUACUGCAUCUGGGACGGGAAUACCCCCAAGGAGCAGACUACUUCAGGGAGCGUCUGAACAGUGCCUUUAUGAAGAACAAAGAUGUCACAGACCCCAAGGAGAUCAGAAAGCUUGUCGAUUGUGGAGAGGCUGUGAUUAAGGAACUGGGGACCCUGUACUAUCUGAGGGAAUAUAGCGCCAUGAAAAAGCGUUUCUACGAAGAAGAAUUGUUAGGCCUGCUGAAUAUGGGCAGACCGACAGACUGAUAGCCUAGAUGGUUGGCAGCUGAAUCUUCAGUAUGCGGGUUGUUCCAUGAAUAGAGAACAUUUUGGGUAGUGUAACUUGGUUCCCCCAAAAUAUUGAUUUCACCUCAUUUUAACAUUCUGUCAUGUUCAACUUUCUAAAAAAAAUAAUAAUAAUAAUAAUGUCAAGGGCUUAAAUAAAACGAAUGACUAGUAAGUGCCAUUAAAGUAACAGGGUUGACGUAACAGGUUUGAGGUUUGUCUUAAAUUUGCCAUAAAUCCCCUUUCGACAGGGGCAAUGGUAACUUGUUGCUUGCAACAGGAAGGGGGAUUCGAAAUGCAAGCUUCACAAAAAAAUUAAAUGUUUUAAAAAUA